AAUUUGCAUGCGUGGCCUGGUCGGAGAGAAGGUGCCAAUGUUCUGAGGUGUUCCGUCCCAAUGAGCCAAGCAGACAACCCACAGAAACGCACCACCUAUCUCAUCUCCCUCACUUUGGUGAAGGUUGAGGCUUUGCCAGAGGAUGUAGCUGGGAAGCAAGAGGAGAAGGAGGGGGGAGGGAGCCCCAAAGAGAAGGAGGAGGUGAGACAUGCACCAAAAGAGCAGGAACCAUGUGGUGGUCCACAAGUGUCGGGUAAAGAGAGCACACAAGUGGAAGAAGUGGAGCAUGUCAAGUAUGGCAGCCCCAAUGAGAAGUGGGGGAAAGCUGAGAGGAGAGACCACAAAGACAUUGUCCCAGUCGCUAAAAGCAAGGACCCGGCUCUUAUCCACCCCCCGCUGAGGCAAAUGGUGAAGGUGUACAGCGGCAGCAGCUUCGAGACCACCGUACGUAGAGAGGGGCCUCGCAACGAAGCCUCGCGUCCCAAGACGGAAGUCUACAGGGAGCCUCCCAGGCUCUUCUUAAAGGGUGAAAACGGAGGUGAGCUCAACAACCGCUCACGUUGCAGCCUCCCCUUUUCAGUACCGCCUCAGGUCAGCCAGCGUCCCGAAGUCAUGAUGAGAUCGCACGCAGGGGCAAACUCCUGGAGGGAAAGCCGAGAAGCCAACAGAAACUUAUAUCACUCUGCCAAGACUCUGGAGCGGAGGGAUAACCGGAUCGGGGAGCAGUCCCCCUUAAUGGCCACGACAACUCUGGGGCCUUACAGGGCGUCUUGGGCCGACAGCGACGGUAGAGGGACGCUCAUUCGUCCCGCCGCUCCCCUCAGCGGAGGCUAUUCCGGAAUCAUGAACAGGGAGAACACUCACGAGGACAGAUUUAAGGUUUCCUUGGUUACGCCGGUUACCUGCGAUGCCAACCGGCCCCAGAGAAAAGCCACCAGUCGCACCCUGGAUAACAGCGACCUACAUUGCCUCUCCGAGGACGGCAGGAGAGCGAAAGAGGGCCAAGGUGGAACAAUCCAGAGAGCUCCUGCCCGUGACCGCAAGAUGCUCAAGUUCAUUAGUGGGAUUUUCUCCAAAAGUGCAGCUGUGCCCUCAAAUGUCAGCACCGCAUCUGCCCUGUAUCCCGCAGCGGAGAGGGGCUCCAGCGAGGAGGAGGCGCCAUGCACCAGCAGCCAAGAAUGGACCAUCACUCAAACCGUACAAGAACUUCACUUGGCCGUGUUGGGAGGCCUGUGCAGUGGGAAGUCAGCGCUAGUCCACAGACACUUGACAGGAAGUUAUCUAUCACUGGAGAAUGCAGAGGGACGUCAGUACAUUAAGGAUGUCUUAAUUGAUGCACAGAGCCACUUGUUGAUCAUCAGAGAAGAGACUGAACUCCCAGGAGCCCAGUUUGCCAGCUGGCUAGACGCGGUUAUUCUGGUCUUCAGUUUGGAAAACGAAGCCAGCUUCCAGGAAGUGUACAAGAUCUACCAUCAGCUUGCAGUCCAUCGGCCUGUCAUCGAGAUACCUUUCGUGGUCGUUGGCACACAGGAUAAGAUCAGUAGCAGCAACCCCAGGGUCAUCGACGACGCCCGGGCCAGGCAGCUCUGCUCAGAUGUGCGCCGUUGCACCUACUACGAAACAUGCGCCACCUACGGCCUCAACGUCAACAGGGUCUUCACUGAUGCUGCUCAGAAGAUUAUGGCUGCCAAGAAGCAAGCUGCUUUACUGGCUUCCUGUAAAUCUCUUCCAAACUCUCCUAGUCACUCUGGAGGCUCCACUCCAGUGUCUGGUGUCUUUCCAGGACAGGCAAGUAACGGGGGGCAGAGUAGCGAUUACUCCUCAUCACUUCCCUCCACCCCCGUAAUCAGCCAUAAAGAGAUUGUCAGGUCGGCGAGAGGGGAGAAACUGGACAGCGGCACUCCCGGAUCAGUCCGCAGUGCCACCCGUAGACGCACGGCACGCUUUUCGGGUCGAAGAGGCAGCGAUGCAGCCAGGCGAAGUGCAGACUACAAAGGAGACGUGGGAAGCGGGCGUUUUAUUCCCAUCAAGCAGGGUUUCUUGCUCAAGCGCAGUGGGAACUCACUCAACAAAGAAUGGAAGAAGAAAUAUGUCACCCUCUCCAGUGAUGGCAUCCUCUCAUACCACUCCAACGUCAAUGACUACAUGCUGAACGCCCCCGGGAAAGAAAUGGAUCUGCUGAGAGUGACGGUGAAGGUGCCAGGAAAGCGUCCGCCUCGUGCCAUACCCACCGGUGGGCCUCCGGUCGGGCUCAACGGGAGGGUCAAAGAUGUGCAGGGGUCGGAGGGGGUCAGCUUGGUUCCCGUCAGUGCCGGCAGCCUCCUGCAAGUGGAUGACAUGGAGGGGAUGGGCGGCACCAUCUUCCUGAGGAGUAACAGAGGCGUGCAGCGAUGUUCCUCCAACGUCUCCAACCACGCUCAAAGCGUCGACUCUGCAGUUGAGGGCGUGUCCAGCUCCUCGUCCACCAAAGACGUAGGCUCCACGUCCCCAGUGGAGGACAGAAAGAAGCAUCGCAGGAAGAAGAGCAUGAACCAGAAAGGCGACGCCAACAUUGGCCAAGCAGACGCCAAGCGCAAAAUGUGGAAACUAAAAAGCUUUGGAAGCUUGAGGAAUGUAAGCAAAACAGAUGAAGAAAACAAUGACUUCCUGAUUGUGUCGAGUUCUGGCCAGACGUGGCAUUUUGAAGCCCAAAGUGUGGAGGAGAGAGAUUCCUGGGUGCAGGCCAUCGAGAGUCAGAUCUUGGCCAGCUUGCAGUUGUGUGAGAGCAGUAAGAACAAGGCUCGCAAGAAUAGCCAGAGCGAAGCCGUGGCUCUGCAAGCCAUUCGCAACGCAAAAGGAAACAACUUCUGCGUGGACUGCGAUGCUCCCAAUCCCACGUGGGCCAGUUUGAACCUCGGUGCCCUCAUCUGCAUCGAGUGUUCUGGGAUCCACCGGAACUUGGGGACUCACGUUUCGCGCGUUCGCUCUCUCGAUUUGGACGAUCUGCCACGAGAGCUGACGCUGGUUCUGAGUGCCAUUGGCAACCACAUGGUUAACUGUAUAUGGGAGGCACGCACCAUGGGCCAUCGUAAACCCCCGCCUGAUGCUACCCGAGAGGAACGAGAGUCGUGGAUUCGGGCCAAAUAUGAGCAAAAACUCUUUGUGGCACCAUUGCCCCCUCCCACUCCCAAUGAGGGUCCUGACAUCACAUUGUCCGGCCGUCUUCUGCUGGCUGCGAUGGAGCACAACCUCCCCAGACUGCUGCUCCUUUUGGCCCACUGCACUAAGGAGGACAUCAACGGCCCUCCCAGCAUGGCGCUCUCCUCCCGGUCCCUCCUGGCGCUGCGGCUACCCGGCUCUGCCCUUCAUGCUGCCUGUCAGCAGGCCGACGUGGUGAUGACCCAGCUUCUCGUUUGGUAUGGCUGUGACCUGCAGUACAGGGAUGCACAGGGCCAAACAGCGCUGACCCUGGCUCGCAUGGCGGGCAGCCGGGAGUGCGCCGACAUCCUGCUGCAGUACGGAUGUCCCAAUGAGGCCUCUCCUUCCCUCGCCACAACCGCCGCAUUCUCAUCGGCAAACAACCCAGGCUUCCCGGUCGGCAUGGCCCCGAACCUCACGGUCGCCACGACGCUCAAGAUCUCGCACAGAGGCGGCGGCGCAAGCUUCAGCUACAGUACGUCGCGAAAAGCCGUGUCAUAAAAUGGGAUCGUCCGGUGUCCAUUUGGUCGGGGGGGGGCCUUAAGUCCAAAUGUCGAGAACUGCAAUAAGCUAAUGAAUUGGUCUGUAUGUAUGGGUUUGAAAUGCCAUCACUUUCCUGGUAUUUCCGAAAGAAUGUAAAUAUUGUGUUGCGUUCGACGCAGCCAAACAGGCAGUUCGUUUUAAAGUUGCGCUACCUACCUACAAAGGCUGCUUUCGUUUGAAAGAAAAACUAGACAUAAGAUGAUAGAAUUCUAUAAAAUUCUUGAGAAAAAAAAAAAAAAAUCCCAAAAGUUUAAAGUGCUUAAUUUCCAGCAUUGUUAUUGUACUUUUUGUACAGGUGGAUCUGUGUACAAAAGUGGCUCGAAGAGAUUUACAGUUUCUUGCGUUUCGUGUUCCUUUGAUAAUGAAAUUCUUCAAAGCUCAAGAUGAAGAUUUAUAUGUAAUGUUUGUAUCACUGUGCGCGACAUAAACACUGUAAAUGAUUGAUUCAUUUGAGAUAUCUUUGAAAGUGAAGCAGGAGGCUACAGUGGUGAUGUUUGUAUAAGCAAAGGAAAUGCCUUCGUUUCAAUUGAAUGUAUUUAAAAGCGCCAUGUCAGCAGGAAGAGGUGUCGCUUUCGUGGACGUGAACUGACUCUCCUGCUGUGAUUCAUAGAGAUUAAAAGUAUUGUUUAAUAGGUUGUUUUCAAACGUAGGUAUCCAAAUAUAUAUGAGCGAGCAUCGGAAUGAAUGUUUAGAAGUGGCUGAUAAUCAGUGUGAGGAAAAAGAGGAAUGUUGCCCAUGUGGAGAUUUUAAGAGUAGCAUAAAAAGUAAUCAUCUCAUCCGUAUUCGAUGUGAAUCUGUGUUCAUCUAAUGACCGUUGCUGAGUAUACACGUUUGUGCUGUAAAGAGUCUCUAUUCAUUUGUAUUUUUUUACUCAUGCAAUGAUUCAUAAAGCAUUCAUUAUCAA